UUGCGCCGCCCCUCUUCCAUCUCCAACCCCGCGACCACCACCCAAAAGCUCCCGAAUCUCUCGAUCUCGCCCGAUCCAACAUCUUCUCUCUCCUCCGCUCCCUCCGCUCCCUCCCUCUCCCCCCGACUUGCUCCUCGCUUGGUGUGCCUCCUUCUUGACAGACAGCCAAUGGAGGUCGAGGCACCCGUACCCCCGCCCCAGCCAGCCGUCUCGCCCCCGGCGGCCUCGCCGGCCAAGAAGGCGCUGGCGGCGGCCCCGACGUCGGCUCUGAAGACAAGGGCCGCGAGGAGGAAGACGCUCUGCGACAUCACCAACCUGAGCAGGCGCGAGCUGGCCGAGGUGCCCGAUCAGUCGGCGUGCCCUGCAGCAGCCGCCGGCGCGGCCGGCGUUGAGAGGUUCGCGCAGCUAGUCAAGGAGAACGCAGAUCUCGUGAGCCUCAUCGCGGAGAGAGACGAGAUCAUACAGUUGAGCGGGACUGAGAUUCAGAAGCUGCGGCUCGCCAACUGGGAGCUCGCGCGGACCAAUUCCCAGAUGAUGGCGGAGCUUAAUCUUGGAAGAAACAAGUUGAAAGCGUUGCAACAUGAGCUUGUGUGCUCAAAAGCCGCCCUUAAAGUGAAGACAUCUGAAUUGGAGGAUGCAAAGAAGGCGAUGCUGCGGCGCAACAUAAACAUCCAAAGGACGCAACAUCUGGGGCCUGACAGAGCUGCACACACCAAGGAUGGAGAUGUUGUCGACCCAGAGCCUGCUUCGGACGCAUCGCGUGCUGGAAGCAUCCAGAGGUCCGGGAACGUCAGCAGGAAACGGAUGCUGAGAUCUCGAUCUCUAGGACCUGUGGCAUCGGCGAAACUGGCGCUGCCGAAGGAUAAGGAGACCUCGCAGAGACGGAAGUCCAUGAGAAUGCCACAGCCAAGCGCCCGUUCAGAGGACUUGUUCGAGAUAGAGGACGUUCAGCUCGCCAUUGGCAGCUGCAAGAUCGACCCAGACAGUGCUUCUGGCAGCGAGAGGCCGGGGCACCAGUUUCUACGCAGAUCAUCUCUCGGAAGGCCGCUCCGGCAGGCCCGGGAACGAGUCACCUCCUACAAGGAGAUGCCUCUCCACGUUAAGCUCAGGAGGCCCUAGAGCAUGGCAGUUUUAUGUUGCGAUUUGUGAUGAUUCUUUGCUGUCUUCUGCAACCGCAGAAGUGCAGAUAGUGUGUAGUCUUUCGUGUGAAAAUCUGGUUGCCUUCGGUUUGUGUUCUAUCAAGCGUUGGGGUGUAAUUGAGGAGGAGCUGUAUUCAUUCUUUUCAUUCGGCGAUGCGUAAUUGAGGAGGAGCUGUGUACUUCUUCAAAUUAUAGUGUUGAUCUUAGGUCCUGUUUAGAUGCAGGAGCAAAACUAA